CGAGCCAAGGUUCAGGGACUCUAUACAGCUUAGUCCCAUGACAUAGCCGUUACAAAGAUGGCAGCGGAGACAAGGCUACUCAUAAGCUCGGAACAGAGCUCAUAUAUAUUCUAAGUUAGCUAGCUAUCAGGCUGACAGUCGUAUACGAAUAUAUACGGGAGUCUUUGGAAACUCGCGUUUGACCACAUUAAUUAUUAUAACUUGUCCCGAAUCACUAUGACGUCCGAGCUAGAUGAACUGAAGGAGCAAGUCUCCCUCCUCCGAAAGGAGGUCUCGCGUAUCUCAGACGAAGCUGAAGUGCGGAAAGUCCACUUCAAAUAUGGCUACUAUCUUGACAAGUGUCUAUACAACGAGGUUGUGGACAUGUACGCAGAUCAUCCAGACACUUAUGUCGAGUUCCUUGGAUCACGGUAUCGAGGAAAGGAAGGCGUGAAACGGCUCUAUAACGGACGCUUCCAGCAAACCUUCGUCAACGGCCGCAACGGACCCGUUCGUGGUUUUCUACUCGACCAUAUCAUGAUGCAAGAUAUCGUCGACGUCGACCCCAGCGGAACGCACGCCUGGUGCCGGAUGCGCGCUCUCAUGCAAGCCGGGACGCACAAGUCCGUCAUCGACAUCCACCCGCGCGGGCACGUUCAAUGGUGGGAAGGCGGGCUCUACGAGAACGAGUACAUCAAGGAGAACGGCGUCUGGAAGCUGUUCCGGUACCGAUACUUCCCGUUCUGGCAUGCCGAGCACGAGAAGGGCUGGUCCCUGACGAAGGAGAACUACGUCCCGUGGCCAACCAAGACGUAUCCCGAGGACCCCCUCGGACCCGACGAGAUCAUCGAGCAGAAGAUGCUCUGGCCCGAUACGCGCGUCGUGCCCUUCCAUUACCCGCACCCGGUGACGGGAAAGAAGACCGCCGACGACGACCUGCGCGCGCCGCUCUAUGGCAAGGACGCGAGCACCGCCGAGGCACCGCUCACGCUGGCACUGCCGGAAGGCCAGAGCCGACCUGGAGCGGGGAAGACCUGGGAGAGCGAGGGCUCAGUGAGGGUUCUGCCUGAUCUGGUUGAGCACGCGUAGAAUGGGUGGUGGAGGGUUGCAUACAUAUAGCCUAAAGGGGAAUAGGGGAGAACAUGCC